CUAGCCUAGACCUUUCUAGAAACAAUCUAUCAGGCGAUUUUCCAAUAGAACUUACUAAUCUCCAAGGAUUAUAUUUUCUAAACCUUUCAAGAAAUUCUCUCCAAGGAAGCAUUCCUAAUGAGAUCAGAAAUAUGAUGAUGCUGGAAUCUUUAGAUCUCUCAAUGAACCAAUUAUCUGGUAACAUUCCUCCAGGUAUGUCAAGUUUAAAUUUUUUGAACCAUUUAAAUUUGUCGUACAACAACUUGUUAGGAGAAAUUUCUACAAGCACCCAAAUGCAAACAAUGGAUGCUUCUGGUUUUAUUGGGAGCCAGCUUUGUGGACUUCCACUGCCAAAAAAGUGCAGAGAAAAGCAUGAAACAACACCCAAAGUUGCAGGUGCUGAAGACAAAGAAGAAAAAUACUGGUUUCGAUUGGGCAUUGCAAUGGGGUUUGGAGUUGGCUUUGUGGGCAUUGUUGGUCCUUUGUUGGUUUGUAGUUUCUGGAGACGUGCUUACUAUUGGUUUUUCAAUGAGUACAUGUGGUACAAGAUUGAUGAUUGCUUUAUUAAAGUAAGGUUAAUGCUUCGAAAUUAGAAGAUUUGAUCAUGUUUUAUUGGUUUUGUAACAAGACAUAGUUUCGUUCAUUUUUCCUUGUGCCUUAUGUCCAACGUUGAUUAUUCUUUUUA